AUGACGAGUCUACGGCGGCUGCAGAGUGCGUUUGGUUUCAGUAGAUGGUUUUGGAGGAAGCCCUCUGGUUUCACGCGUGCCGGGGGUACCAGUUUAGAUAAUUGCAUUUCAUAUACACAUUCCAGGAAGAGCUUUUGCACCCAUGAAAAUGACGAUUCUAAACCCAGGACGGCUGGAAUGAGAGGGGCAGACACGGCUGCUAAAAACAGGUUAGGUCCUGCCAGUGAUGAAGACGACCUCAAAACGAACACGAGGGACUUCAGCUAUGCUGCCAAGGCUAUCAGACACCCCUCUGUGCUCGCCAAGAGCUACAGCGUGCAAAAACAACAGACUUUCAUAAAGAACAAAAAGUGGUCAACGAAAAUCCCAAAACCUGAACUACGGAACAGGGCCACUGUCGCCAAUGAGCUGCAACGACUGAGAGACGAGGACACGCCAAGCCCCAAGCGGACGGGCUCGCCUAGCGGUAUAGCUUACAGUAAUAUGAAAAACAAGGACUCCGAAAUUGUAUUUGGCGUCUCCCCUUGUUACCUCGCACUGGCCCACGGCCGGAGAGCACUCCACGGGCUGUACGUGAAAGAAAGCCGGGUCCAGCAGCGGCCGGAGGUGCGAGAGAUCUAUCGGCUCGCUGAGAGCCUGGGCGUGACCGUGCAGCAGGCGAGCAGACGGGCACUGGACGGGCUGUGCGGGGGUCGAGUUCAUCAGGGAAUGUGUUUGGAAGCGAGCCCUCUCGGAUACGUGGCCGAUAAUGAGCGCAUUGCUCAGUGCACCCCGGGACAGUCGCUGUGGCUGGUUCUGGAAGGCAUCCAGGAUCCCAUGAACAUGGGUGCGCUCCUGCGCACCGCUUAUUUUCUGGGAGUGGACAGAGUUGUGGCCAGUCUUCACAACAGCUGUCCCUUGUCUCCUGUGGUAAGCAAAGCCAGUGCUGGAGCAAUGGAGGCCCUGCCAGUUUAUGGCUCUGAUGACCUUCCAGAUUUGCUUAAGACCCAGAUUGCCGGUGGCUGGCAGGUGAUUGGAACGGUGGGCACAGCCACGAAAGCCGUCCACGUUCCGGUCCUCCCAUGCUCUGAGUUUCACUGGAGCCAGCCCACCAUCCUCGCUCUCGGAAGCGAGGGGUCUGGCCUGUCUGCGGAGGUGCUUGCUCUGUGUGGCUGUCUGCUGACCAUUCCUCCCGGGGGAGAGCCCACUCUGGGGAUGGACUCCUUGAACGUGUCUGUGGCUGCAGAUGAGGAGUCAUCGACGGUGCUGGAUCCCAUGCAAUAAAGACAUUUAUAGGAAAAACAUUUGUAUUCUGUUGCACUCUCUUGUGUCCUGUAAGAGAAUGAAACUCUGAUGCCUUCCCGGUUUUGUGUUUGCUUUGGACCUGAUCCCUGCGUACAGUACUUAAGCACUGGAUUACUCCAUCAAUUAGCAGCCGGCCCGUUGAAAACCUGCAUUGAUUGACUAUGCUAAUUCGCACGGCCCUGUGUUGUGGGCGCUGUGGGGAGCAGGCUCCCUUUCCUGCAGCAUGUGAAGACUGUUCAGACGGCACUGAAGCGUGGCGUGCCUUCGCCAGCGAUACAAGAGCAAACCGGUUUCCAGGGAAACCACAGCAUUGCCCUGGCAGGGGAUGGGCCCUCAACUCAAACUGCAUUUAUAAUAUCCUUUAAUAGAAUUGCUUUAAUCAGCCAUGCGUAUGAGUAAUCAUUUAGCCUAAUGUGAAAUAAAAACUUAUAUAUAUAAAAAAAA